AUGGAAAAUAAUUAUUAUUAUUCUCAAAAAGAAAAAGAUGAUACUAUAACAUUCAAUAGUUCAAGCUCACCAAUUGCAGUAACCCAAUAUGCAUACAGAACAGGGAUUAAUAAUUUUAGAGAUUUCUUUUCAACUACUGAAUACUUUGACGGCGAUACACCAUUAACAUUUUUAAUUGCCAACUAUGUCCAUGAUAUGAACCUUUUAGUUAAUUUAAUCAAGAAGUUCGAUACAAGAAAUGAAUUUAAAGAAUUAAUUAAUAUUCCAAAUGAUUAUGGCGAAACACCAUUACAUGUAGCAGCAAUUUAUAAUAAUGUGGAAGUAACCAAAGCAAUAAUAGAAAGCAAAUAUAUAGAUCCAACAAUUAAAGAUCACAGAUGCCUAACAGCAAUGGAUAUUGCAAUUUUGAUGGGGCACACAAAAGUUUCAAACGUUUUAAAGGAUUGCAAAAACAUGCCUAUUUCUGAUAUUAAACCAAAUAUUUAUCAAUGGGGAAAUAUUUUCACAUCAAAGUUAUCAUUUGAAGUUAGAAGCAAUCAAACACCACUAUUAUUUAACGAUACCCUCUCAUCACCUAUACAAACAAGCUAUGGUCAAAACUUUUGCUUAACCUUAACUGAUACCGGUCAUGUUUACAGUGCUGGGCUAUGUAGCUAUGGUAAAACCGGGCAAAAUAAAAAAAGAGAUAUUUUAAUUCCAACCAUGAUAGUUUCACUUGGGGAUAAAAGAAUUAAGGCAAUAGCAUGUGGAAAAGAUCAUUCAUUACUACUCGAUGAUAUUGGUUGUGUGUAUUCAUUUGGAAAUUCGUCUAUGGGUAGAUUGGGUUUAGACUAUACAGACCUAGCUGAGCCUCCUAUAUUUAUUUCAAAACCAACAUUAAUCUCGUCAUUUGGUGAUAAAUGUAUGACAACAAUUGCUUGUGGUACUGAUUCAUCAUUCUCCAUUAGCUCUGAUGGUCAUGUUUAUUCUUGGGGUUCAAACAUUAAUUCAAAAUUAGGAUUUCAAGGUGCUAUCCUUCAAAGCACACCAAGAAAAAUUGAAAACCUAGUUAAAAUGAAAGAUGUUGCCUGCAGUAAUUGGCACACAGUUCUAUUGGAUGAAAAGGGAUAUGUUUAUACAUUUGGUUCAAAUAUUGAUGGAAGAUUAGGUCGUUCAAUUAACGGGAAGGAAUCAUAUCAAGCCGGGAUCGUAAAUUUAGAUUUCAAAGUUAGAAAAAUUCACUGCGGUACAAACUUUACAACAGUUUUAACAGAGUCCAACACUCUUUAUUCAUGGGGUUCAAAUAAUCAUGGUCAAUUGGGUGUUCCAAGCAUUUCAGCUGUAUCAGAAUUCUCUGAAAAGCCUCUACUU